AUGGCUCGCGGAUUCGAUGACAUUCCUGGGUCCCUCCCUUCCGAUAAGGUUCCGAAGGACAUUGACAUCAGUACCAUCCCGUUCAGCGACAUUGCAGAACGUGUACUUGGAGACCUCUCAGGAAGCGACAUUGACGACUCUGCAUUAUGGAGGGACCAUUUUGUAUUAGCUGGAGCGGUACGGACCUUUUUUGGCCGGGAAAGAAUUAAGAAACAGUGGUCGUCUUACAGUCGAGAAAGACUCCCCCGCUCGUUCAAGGCUGGUGCAGCCAUGAUCAUACGGCCUACACCGGGCUCAUCCUGGGUCGACGUCUCAUUCACAUUUAUCACCACUCAAAGAGGAGACGUUGUUGGGAACGGCUCUGGAACAGCCAGUUUUUUUCCGAAUGAAAAUGGCCAAGGAUGGAAGCUGUGGAUGUUGAAAACUAUGCUGGAGAAUUUUGAAGGGUUCGGCCAUCCUGACGACCCAUCGCCAGUAUUUAAAGAGCAAGAAGUCACCAAUCACGUAUCUGAACAGUCCGAGCAUGAUAUUGAUGUCUUGGUUGUUGGGGCAGGACAAAAUGGACUCAGCGUCGCUGGAAGAUUGGGCGCAUUGGGAAUCUCCUAUAUCCUAUUGGAAAAAGCUCCAACUAUUGGCUUCUCUUGGACGGGGAAGUACGAUGCAGUAAGACAGCAUACAGUCAAGGAGAUGAACAACCUUCCGUUCGACAGGACAUACAAGGCUUCCGAUCCGACAUUGUUGCCGGCCAAGACCGUUGCGGAAGGCUUCCAGAACUAUGCCGAGAAGUAUAAAAUCAAUAUCUGGCUGAAUUCAAACGUGGAAAGCUGCUUGAACAGCAAAGAGAAGCCAGGGUGGGUCGUCAAAGUCCGGAAAGGAGAGCACGAAUAUGUGAUAAAGGCGAGGCAUAUUGCUCUAUCGAUGGGUGCAAGCCAAUCCGUUCCAAAUCCCCCAGCAAUUAAAAACGCGUCUUCAUUCAGAGGAACUAUCCUCAAUAUCGGCACUUUCAAAAACAGCUCUCAAUGGAAGGGCAAGAAAGCAAUCGUUGUUGGUUCUGCAACGGGGGCACAUGACGUUGCACAAGACAUGCUUGACUAUGGUGUUGGCAAAGUUACAAUGGUCCAGAGGGAGAAGACUUCUGUUUUCCCUGUUGAGUGGAUUGUUGCCGGCCAGUCAACAAUAUACAAUCUCGAUAUUCCCCCACAAGUGGCAGACCGUAUCGCCGGGACAGAGCCGCACAAGGUUUCUCGAGAGAUUUUGAAGACUAACUUUGAUAUUGCCAGGGAGAUUGAGCAGGAACGAUUUGACGCUUUGGAGCGAGUUGGCUUCUAUGUGGAUAGAGAAAAGCCAUUGAACGAUGGAGUUGUUCUGCGUUUAGGCGGCUACUACAUUGAUGUUGGAACGAGUGCCAGAGUCGCCAAAGGAGACAUCAAAGUCAAAUCCCGGGAUCCCAUCAAACGAUUUGUGCCACACGGACUAGAAUUCGAGUCCGGGGAUGUUGUGGAGGCAGACGUUGUUGUUUUUGCCACUGGAUACCAACGAGAUCCUCGACUUCAAGCAGCAUCCAUUGUUGGAAAUGAGAUAGCAAACUCAAUGCGUUUUUCAAGAGGAUUUGACGAGGAUGGUGAGCUUGAUGGGAUUAUGAUGCCAUCCUAUCCAUUUGCCUGGCUUUUAGGAGGAGCAGUGUCUAUUGCUCGUUGGAAUUCGAGGUUCAUUGCACUCCAGAUCCAAGCCGAACUGAUGGGACAUCCGUUCCCUGCCUGCCAAUGGGAGACGACUGAAGAUUGA